UUCUUACUCUUUUUUUUUAUUAAUAUAUAAUAAAAGAAGAUCGAAGCGAAGCGCACCUCUCUCCUCUUCUUCUUCAAUUGAUCAGGUUGAGAGGGACGACAACAUCAGAUCACGAGCCACGCAAUCGCAAUCGCAGAGGGGAGAGAGAGAAGAGGGAUCGAAUCGAAUCCAGUCGAGGAGGAGGAGGGCCCCUCGGGCCGAUCCGAUCGAGAGGAGGAGGGAUCCGAGCUGAACGAUUCAACCCAAGGCUCGCGGGAUUUGGCGCGAGUUGAGCCAUACCGAUCCCUCUGCCUUCCGACGGACGGAUCCCUGAUGGAAUCGGCGCACGGCGGAUCGGAUCGCCCAGGCUCAAUGGAUUCGCAGGAGCCAAGAGUUGAUGCUGAACAAAAACCUGUUCUUUCUGAUAACCCUGAAGAGCAGACCAUUCCUAGCAAAGAUGAGAAGGUCCUUGAACCCACCAUUUCACACGAUUCAAAUGGUAUCAAUCUACCAAGUGAAGGACAAGCCCAAGCUGGCACUUCCAAUAUAGGUGGGGGACACAAUGCUGCAUAUCCUCAAACCAUGUAUUCUUCUCAGGCACAGCCAUUCUAUUACCAAGGUCCAGGAUAUGAUAACCCUUCAAAUGAAUGGGAUGGAUAUCCUCCUUAUGUGAGUGUUGAAGGCUUGGAAGCAGGUCCAGCGGUUGUAUACAAUGAUGAUCCUCAAUUGAUGUACCAUGGUGGCUAUGGCUAUGACCCUUAUGCUCAUUAUUCUCCUAUCUCAACGCCUGUACCGGCUGCUGUUAGUGGAGAUGGUCAGCUCUACUCUCCUCAGCAGUUCUCCUUCUCGGCUCCUUACUACCAGCAAUCAGUACCACCUGGCAUGCCAUAUUUAAGCUCUCCUACUCCAAUAUCACAGGGUGAGGCAAUGGUGCCGAUUGACCCAACACAAGGGGCUUUUAUCGCCGAAACUCUGAGUCCUAACAGCUUCCUUUUCGGACCAAGACCUGAAUGGUUCCGAUCGUCUGAAGGAAAUGGGUCGUUUCCAUCACCUGCGGCUUCACCUCAACCUGCUGGUGGCGUUUCAGGGCCCUUUGGACAAAGCAACUUCCCUAUGGCUUCUGGAAUGCAAUCUCCUCAGCACAGGCCCUUCUAUGGUUUUGGGACACCAAGUGACUCUUACGGAAGAGUGUUCUCUCAUGGUGGAUAUUUCCCACAGGCCACUAAUUAUGGGGGCCCUUUCCCUAGCUUUGGCCUGAAUGGUACGAGUUCUAUUCCGAUGGAAAAAGGCCGCAGGAGAGGAAGGGGCAAUGCUCUUCUUUGCAGCUGCAAUGGUUCACUUGACUUCCUCAAUGAGCAAAGCCGAGGCCCACGUGCCACUAGGCCUAAGAAGCAACCAGAGGAUGGCGGCAAGGAUGAGAAGCCUUCUGCAGGCGUUGAUUGCGAGUUGUACAACAGGCCUGACUUUGUUACAGAGUACAAGAAUGCCAGAUUUUUCAUCAUAAAAUCAUACAGCGAAGACAAUGUGCACAAGAGCAUCAAAUAUGGUGUUUGGGCUAGCACCACAAACGGGAACAAGAAACUAGACUCAGCCUACCGUGAAGCAAAGGAGAAAGAAGAGCAUUGCCCAAUUUUUCUGCUGUUUUCGGUGAAUGCUAGUGCACAAUUCUGUGGUGUUGCAGAGAUGAUUGGGCCAGUGGAUUUUGAGAAGAGUGUUGACUAUUGGCAGCAAGAUAAGUGGACUGGCCAGUUCCCUGUUAAGUGGCACAUUGUGAAGGAUGUUCCAAAUAAUCUUUUCCGCCAUAUAAUUCUUGAAAACAAUGAUAAUAAACCUGUGACCAACAGCCGGGACACACAAGAGGUAAAACUCGAACAAGGUAUGGAGAUGCUGAAAAUCUUCAAGGAUCAUGAGGAGGAUGCAUCGAUACUCGAUGACUUUGACUUCUACGAGGAGCGUGAGAGAGCCCUGCUGGACAAUAAGGCGCGGCUGCAUCAGCAACAUCAGCUGCCCAGCUCUACUGUGGUUGAGCCCAAGAAGCCCUUGACUGUGGCCACUGAUCUAGUUGGUCAUAUAACUAAGAGCUUUGCGCAGGCAGUUCGGCUUGGUGAGGCCAAGAAUGUGAGCCCUAAUUCAGCUGACAAAGGUGCCAGUGGGGAUUCAUCUGUCGCUGCAAAGCCUUUGGAAGUUAAAGAGGCCGGCUUAGCAUAAAGCCCCAGGGUGAUUGGUUCAUACUGAAAAUUCUCUGAUCCAUGCUCUUCCUCUUUGAAAUACUAAGAAAUGGGCGAAGACAAUGUCCAGCGCUUCUGUCUGGUGAAGCAUUGUACACUAGGAUAGGAUGGAAGCCUAGCUCCUUAAAUAGUUUCUUUUUUUACCUUUCUUUUGUUCCUUAUCUUUUCCUGUUGGUAAUAUUUUUCGUUGCGUUUAUAUGAUGAUCGAUUCCUUAGUGGCUAGCCUUAAGGAGAGCUGCAGUUUUUGUGCAAGCCUCUGUAAAUUUCCCAGUUCAAUCGAUCUCAAGAUGAAUAAGGCCUUUUGCCUCCUCCAGUAAAAUCCUCUUUAAUCUACUUGUCUUAUACUGAACAAGGUGUGUCUGGAAAACAACAUAACAUCUGUUUGGGUGACCUGGUGAUGGUAACAAUAACAACUUGUUAAUAAUAAAGAGAGUGUGACCUUGUGGUGGUCGCUUAUGUGA